UUCUCUCUCUCUCUCUCUCUCUCUUCUUUUAUCACAACCCGCGCCCCUCUCUGUCUCUCUCUCUCUCUCUAGAGCUCUCCGUUCGGUUUCCGACCAAGAAUUGAGCACCAAAACGAACCGUUUCGUUAGCUUUCGCUUCUCAACACCGCCAUUGUUUUAGCCUCCACUUGAAUUUCAGAGUAAAGCCAAAAACGAACCGAAGGGAUUACUUACUGACUCUGAAUUUUCAAUUAGGGGUUUUGAUUUUGGGUGCUGGGGUUACUUGUGUGUUUGCGGUAGCUUAAUUUUGUGGAUUUCCAAUGAAAAUGAGUAGCGGGUUGAGCUCUGAAUACUUGUGAUUGUGGAUUUCUGAUUAGGGUUUUCGUUUUGAGCUUCAAGCUUUUCCCCAUUUGUUUUGAUGGACAAAUGGAGAUGAGAGUUUGUUUAGGAUAAUAUAUAUGUGGUGAAGGUAGAUGAAGAUGAUCAAGUGGAAUUUUAGGGAUAAGUGCAUCUUGUAUUGGUUUCUGGAUAAGUGCAUCUUUUGAUGAAUUUCAAUAAAGGAAGCAUGUUUUAGUGGUUUUGUUUCUAUCCCCUUGUUCGUGAGAAGCAAGUAAUUCAAGAAGAUGAACAAGUAGAUUCUGUUUGGAUUGAGGAAAACACAAGUGAAGUGAAAGGAUAAUGUUUGAAAGAGGUUCAGUAGUUCAUGAACUUGAGGACUUAGUGUAGCAUUUUUCUUCUUACUUGCUGCGGAAGACUAAGUGAACUCUCUGUUCAAUUUCUGUUGACUAAUUUGGGGGCGUGGAGAUUUUCUGGAUUUCUUCAUUUAAUUUAUAGUGCCAAUGUGAAAGAAAGGGAAAUCUAUCUUGUAUUACCCAUCACAUUUUAUUACUUUAAAGAGAUAAAGAAUAUCAGUUCACCUAGCGUUAUUUGUUUGAAAAAUGUUAAAGUAUAGCGUAAUCUUCGUUGUUCUCAUGGAACUUUUUCGUAACUUCAAGAAUUAAGUCCAUUCUAUGUAAUGGGAAGUGUUUUUGGAGGGACAAGUUAUGCUCCAGGCUAUAUUUGUUUCUAUGAUGAAUUCCAUUCAUUUAUGUUCCUCUUGAGGAAAUGUGAUGUUGUUCCUUGAGUCUCUUACAAUUUGGUUUCUGUAAAACAUGAGAAAGAAAGGAAGAUGCUUGAGACUGAUUUAAAGACACACUAGGAAAGCUAUUGUCAAAUGAUAUCUUUGUUCUUUCAUGUCUGUAAUGAAUUAAUGUUUCCCAAUAAAAGUGUUUAGUAUUCAUUUUAUAAGCAGAACUUGUGUAUCGGUCUGCAUUUGUGUCAUGUUAUGAAAAUUAUUGGGAUUAAUUAUAGUAUGAAAAAGAGACGAGUUUUAAUAUUAGAAUUGGUCGAGUCAGAAUCAACUGAAGUUGCAGACUUUUCCUUCUCGAAUCAUCUUUAAAUUCUAGUAUAGGACAUAUUGGAAAGCACCAGAUGCAAGUCAAGCUGACUAGAGCUAAAGCUCAUACAUUGUGGAUUUGAUAUAGUUUUAUGUCAGCGUAAGUAAUGGAGGAACUAUCAAUGGUAGACCCUUAUGGGACAAAUCCUGGACCAAUUGAUGGUUCGGUGCUUUAUGAUCAGGAGAAGCAUGUCUCCUCAGCUGUUUGGGAUGGACAGGAGCGUGGUGCACUUAGAUGCCAUGAACACACGUCAAAGCUCGAUCAAUGGACUCUAACGGAAACACAGUUGGAGUUGGUAGAGAAGGCUGGAUUUGGUUAUUUAAGAUUGAUUCCUGCUAUUAGUCUGGACAACCCACUGAUUUCGGCACUAGUUGAAAGAUGGAGGAGGGAAACCAACACUUUUCACCUGAAUGUUGGAGAAAUGACAGUAACCCUGAAGGAUGUUGCACUAUUGCUUGGACUAUCAAUUGAUGGAGACCCUGUAAUGGGUGUAACAUAUACCACCUGUAACUCAGUUUGUGAAAAAUUUCUUGGAAAAACACCAGAGUCUAGUUAUAUUAGUGGUGGAAUGGUAAAGCUAAGCUGGUUGAAAGAGUUCUUUUCGCGUUGUCCUGAAGAUGCUCCACUUGAAGUGAUUGAGUACCACACACGUGCCUACCUCUUAUAUCUUGUUGGAAGUACAAUAUUUUCCACUACCACUGGGAAUAAAGUCCCUGUCAUGUACCUUCCAUUGUUUGGAGAUUUAGACCAAUGUGGGAAAUAUGCCUGGGGAGCAGCAGCCUUGGCAUUUUUGUACAGGGCACUUGGCAAUGCCUCUCUGAGAUCUCAAAGUACGAUUAGUGGUUGUUUGACACUUCUUCAGUGCUGGAGUUACUUUCACCUGAAUAUUGGACGACCAAAGCUCAAUCAAGAUUCAAUGCAUAAUCGUUGUCCUUUUGUGCUUAGCUGGAAAGGAAAACAAAGUGGGCCCACAACAAACCGAGAUGUAGUUUUUUACCGUAAAGUUCUGGAUUCCCUGAAAGAAUGCGAUGUGGAGUGGCGUCCUUAUAGACAUCUGGACAGUAGUGUUAUCCCAAAAGAAAUAACGAGUAAUCUGAUUCUAGGAAGGUCGAAAACAAUGCUAAUUUGCUUUGACAAAGCAGAAAGGCAUCUCCCAAAUCGUUGUCUAAGGCAAUUUGGCAUUCCCCAGUCAAUCCCAGAGGAUGUAGAGCGAUGGGAGCGAAAAAGUCGCGGAGUUGAUGGUGGGGUUGAUUUGUCAGCGAAAAUGGAGUCAGAGCUUAAUGAAUGGUUCGAACGUCGGUUCCAUAUUGUGGAAGAGGAUGAUGAUGCAGAUGAAAAUGAGUACAUGCAGUGGUACCUGAAAAUUACACGUAAAUUUGUUGGGAGGCCUAUCUCUCUCUCAUCUGAGUUUCAAAGAACGAAUGCUGGUUUGAGAGAUAUUGCACACAUAGCUGAUACAUUCUCAACAAAGGGUUUGGAUCCUGAACAAGUUGAGUUAAUAUCUAGGAUCAGGUAUAUUGCCCAUGAAUGUUUGAGGGACCAGAUUGGUGGUCCAGCCAGAGUGUCGCCCUCCCCACACAAUGAACUUGGCAAAAGGAUAAGAGGGAAGGAGAGGGUAAGAAGAAAAGGUGCAGGAAAACGUUUGCGGAAGGAUCAUCCAGUACAAUAUCACACUGCUAGUGAAGGUGAUCAAUCUCCGUUUUCUGGUGCCACCGUUGCUGUUGAUCGAUUACAAUCGUAUCAUGCACAUAGGGAGGAGGAUCAUUUGCCAUUAUAUCCUGUUGAAAAUGAGGUCACUGCUUUGCAUAUGAUCAGUGGGGAUGAUGACAUUGGUUUCGAUCAGUCGGAGCUGGUCCAGGUGACUGGUGAGGAAAGUAACACUGAGCUAAGCCAUGCAGUUGUGAAGGUUGAUGAAACCCACCUUUUUGAAGCAACUGAAAAGAUAAACGACUCACAAAUUUGUAAUGCAAUGAACGAGGUCAAGGACUUCCGAAUUAGUACCAAGGUUGAUUCUCAGAUUUGUAAUGCAACGACGGUCAUUGACUCACAGCUCUGCGAUGCACCGGAGGAGGUUAUCAACUCACAGAUUUGCAAUGCAGAGCAGGAGGUUGACGAUUCACAUGCUUGUGAUGCAACACAGGAGGCUACCGACUCUCGUCUUUCUGCAGCAUCUGAAAAGGUUGAUGACUCCGAGCUUCCUGAACUUACCACUGAAAGUGAUCGACAAACGGCUAAAUUGGAAACAGAGGUUCCAGAGUCUUCUCUUGAGAUUCCUCAGGAUAUUGCAAACCAGAGUAACUAUAGUGUUGUAGUAUAAAGUACUGGUGCUAUCAUGAAAUUUUGCUGAGGUAAUCAUUCUAUAUGAUUUAGAAGAUGCUGACUAACAUUGUUUACAAUUGUAUGUUCAAUCAUAUUUUGAUUAUUCAGGCCUUGCAUAAUACAUUCUUAUUAUUUUUGAUUGCGAGAUUAGCAAUCAAAUACUCAUCACUAUGUAUAUAUGGCUGUAAUUUUUGGCUAGUUGAUGAUAAGAUGCUUUGUUUUUGUGCUGAUCA